GGAUACGACAAUAUUAUUAGCUUUUGUAUUAUUUGAAACCUAAAGAAGAGCGAUGAUUCUCUCAACUCAUUCAUGGGUAUUUUUAUCCAUUAUUCUAUGUAUGGUUAACUGUGAGAAGGCUAAAAGUUCGGAAGAAACUUGCGACAAUUUUUACGAAGAUUAUAGUUGUGAAAUGUUCCGUUCCCGUGGCUUGUGCAAAAUGUUCAGAAAAUAUUGCAGAUUAACUUGUGGAGUUUGUGAACUACCAGCUACUACCACUGCGACCAAGAGAAUUGUGCCAUAUUCUUCAGGCCCUAAACCAACGCGACCACCAACGCCAACCACCUAUCGUCCGGAUAAAUGGAGUUCCUGCACUAAAUCGUGUGGAGGCGGAACGAGGUUUGCUCUUCUAUCAAGAAGAUGUACCAAUCCCAACAACCAUCGAUGUUUGAGAGUAUUUGAAGAGUGCAAUACUCAUCCUUGUCGUUAUAGAGCCUGCCGAAAAAACCAAAUGAAAAGAUAUGGAUAUAAAAAAGGUUGUUGUAAGCGACGUGGUCCCUCAGUUACAAAAUAUCUCGCAAAAUUGAAGUCUGCCAAUAAAGGGAAAUCAUUCAGUGAUAACAAGUGGCCAUGGAUGGCACUGAUCACAUCUUUUAACGACGUUUGCAAUGGGGCAUUAAUUCAUCCACAAUGGGUUAUAACAGCUGCGCAUUGCGUAAUGAGCGGAAGCUUGAAAACGAGUACUUCUCGUAUGUUUGUUUACGUUGGUAUUAAUGAUCUUGCUUAUUCGACGUCAAAAAACAAGUACAGAGUGAGGAGAACUAUUCCCCAUCCAAAAUACAGGCAGAUGCAAAAUGACAUUGCUUUAAUACAGUUAACUAAGCCUGCGCAAUCAAGAUAUGCCAAUUUCCUUAGUUUUCCAAGAAACGAAGUCACACCACUAGACACAACUUGUAUGGUUGUAGGCUGGGGAAUAAAUCGUUCUCUCCGAAUUUCUGCUUCUUCGAAUCCAGUGCACCAAACUGAUCAGCAAAUAUUUGAUAUGAACGUUUGUAGGAGGGAAUUUGAAGACGACAAGAUUUUGAAAAACUAUGUCAUGAAAAAAUCACCUAAAAUGUUAUGUGCCGGAAGUUUAACAGAAGAAAACAAAAUUUGCACCGGUUAUGAAGGGAGUCCAUUAAUCUGUCAGAGAUGUUCAUCCUGUGAAUGGUAUAUUGCUGGGGUCACGUCAACGAAUCGAAGAAGCAGUUGCGGAAAACGUGGCCACCCUAAUCUCUUCACGCAAACGAGAGCUUUUGAAGACUGGGUGUGCAAAUUCAUCCCAGACUUGAAUCAGUCGCCUGUUAAGUGCCCGUAUAAGUAUGGACCAUAAAUCAGCACAAAUAGUCAGCAUUACAAACUGAUUUGGUAAAAUAUUUUAGCUGGUGUUAGGAAAAAGCGAUUUUGGACUGAUCGAUAUGUUUUCACUCAUGUAUCAUUUCUGUUAUAUUUUAUUGAUAAAAGACUGUUAACAAUUAAUUACUAUUAUCAAUUUUCAUAUUUUUCUGCUACGGGAUUUCUUACUAGCACAUUUUGGUUCGAAGCAGACGAUACGCUUGACUUUGCUGAAAUACCACAUUUCAGGCGUUUUUAAUUUUAGUUCCAACCACAGUUCGAAACGUGUAUCAUUAAUGCAAAACUUGUAACGUGAAAAUUAUCUCAAAGCGAAAACGAUAACAUUUUGAAACAUAUUAUUUAAUUCAUUUAUUCGCCUGAUUCAAUUACAAAAAUCGCUAUGGCGCACAAGGAGAUAAAACACUAGCUACUGCGAAAAAAUAUUAAAGACGAAUGUUUAAAAAUAUACAACUGUUCGUGUAUGUGUGUGGCCUGCAUAUAGUUAACUGUAAACAAGUGUAGGUAACAUUUUGAUUUCUCUAGUCAUUUCUAAUCCGAUACAACAGUUAAUAUGUUUUACUUCAUUAAUGUCAUUAUAUUGCUUUUUUAUUACAUUAUGCUACUUGCUUGCCUUUUUUGUAAAUUGAUAAAUAUACAUAACGUCAUGAAUUAAAGAUCCAGUUAUGAAUAAAGACGGUCGUCAGUAGGAUAUAUUGAAUUGAAUGUAAUAAUUUUACAUUUAUGGGAAUUUAUUUUGAAAAUCGUGUUUUUCAUGAAAAUUUCCUCAAAUUAAGGUCAUGCACACUCACUGCAAAGAAAUACAGCCUUUCAGUAAAGUAACGGCCGGCCAUUAAAAUGCCAAGAGAUACUGAACGGUACAGACUUGUGGCGCUGCAUUGUAAGUAAACAACGAUUAACGAUAAAUUAGAUUAGAGAAGUCCAAGCCAAAUCAGGAAAACAAUUCUUUAGCACAUCCCAAGCAUUGCACAACGGUAGCACAUUUUCAGAAGCCAAAAAAAAAGAUUCACUUAAAUAUUUGUUGUCAAGUUCAGCCAAAUAUAUACAUAACUGUGGGAAGCAUAAUAUGUUUUAGAUAUGUGGCACGUAGGCUAUAAUUUCUAUCCCCUAAGCUCAACCCGUCAGUGUUAUCACAACUCUGUUUGAAUCAAUUUCCUAAUUUUAGCAAAUUCAGAAUAGUCCCAUUGUAACAAAUAUUGCAAUUGUUAAAGGGCAACUUGGUGAACAAUUCCACUCUGACAGUCUUGAAAAAAAAAAAAACACAGACCAUCGCUCCAAAUAUUAGCCAGGCAUGGAAAAAGGCACUUACAAACAACAAGAUUCCAGAUUCCUGUGCUAAUACGAUAAGAAUGCCAUAUUGAGAAUUUCCCCUCCAAUGAGACCACUGUCCAGUCAUGAUAGGCUCAUUCGCCACAAGGUGGUGGCCCUCUGGCCUCCAAGGCUGCGCCUGCAAAGUUUGCAAGUCCACACAAACCUAUCCACCAGACCACAAAUGGAGGCGCUCCAGAAGUGUGUCUACCAAUAUGUCUAGCUAAUUUUGUUCGCCUACUUUACAUCAAGUUGUGUAAAGGAACGGAAGCAUAUGUGCAGGGGGUAUAUUCACUUGGCUAACACAGACAGUCCCCGAACUCGUAAUAUAACUAAAAUAAGGAAAAUAGGACUAAAAUUAUGGCCUAACACUAACCUGGUACACACACUACAGGAGUACUCCAAUGAAACUAUGUUACGCUUCAGUGUUUCGCGCGUAAUUUCUAAAUAAACUUUUCAGUCCGCUGCAUUGUGGUGCUGCUCCGU